AUGGCUAUGAACAGAGCGUUCUUCUGGAGUUACAUUCUGCAGUCACGGUUUAUAAGACCAGCCAUAAACGAUACUUACGAUCCCGGCAUGAUGUACUACUUUCUCUCUUCGGUGGCAGAUGUUGCAGCUAAUCCGUAUAUAAAUGCUAGCUCUAUUUACUUCUCCCCAAACACAUCAUACACUUCUUCGUAUCGAGGAUUUUUCAACAAAACUCUGCCGAGAUUCGCGCCCAGAGCCUUCAGGGCUGAUGACUUUAACGAUCCUGUGCAUCUCCAAAAGAUAUCUACUUUGAACACAUUCCAUGUCUUAGAUUUAGGGGCUUUCGACUCUGAAAGCCUGUCAAAGGAUUAUACCUCUGAUUUUUAUCGAACAAAUGAAUGGUACUUUAAAUGGUUGCCGGACAAGGUGGACAAACGUCAUGACACCAAAACUACAUAUCAAGUAGAAAUCAGAUAUGCCAAUAACACAAAUGAGACAUUCACAUUCCAUGGACCACCUGGAAAUGAUGAGAUUCAGGGACCAGUGAAUUGGACCCGUCCUUACUUUGAUUGUGGACGGUUGAACAAAUGGCUUGUAGGAGCAGUAUCACCCGUAGCAGACAUUUAUCCACGUCACACUCAGUUCAGACAUAUAGAAUUUCCAACGUAUACCGCAGCAGUAGUCAUGGAAAUGGACUUUGAUCGAAUAGAUAUAAAUCAGUGCAAUGUGAGUCUAGGCAACGAUCGACCAAACCGGUUUGCAGGCACCGCACGAUGUAAACUGGAGACGACAGAGUGCGAGCCUCUACACGGCUGGGGUUUCCGUCGCGGUGGCUACCAAUGUCGUUGCCGUCCAGGCUACAGACUGCCCAGCAUAGUCCGUAGACCAUAUCUCGGUGAGAUCAUAGAAAGAGCCACCUCGGACCAGUAUUACAACAACUUUGACUGCAAGGAGAUUGGCUGGGUGCAGAAGCUGCCCGUCCGCUGGGAGAAGGCGCACCCGUUCAUCCGCGCGCUGUACGCGGACCGCUACUACGAGUACGUGAACGCGAGCGGCGGGCCGGCCGCCCUGCACACCGAGCGCGUCAACGUCUUCGAGGUGCUCAACUUCAUACGCGGCGUGCAGCCGCACAACUGCUCCCUGUACAAGCCGACAGAUCUGUUCCUGAACGGUGACAUUGCGUUCGGCGCGGAGGAGCAAUUCGAGAAUCAGGCCAAGAUGGCCGUUCGUCUCGCGAACUUCAUCAGCGCUUUCCUCCAGGUAUCGGAUCCUUACGAAAUCUUCAGUGGCACGCGCGUGGCAGACAAACCGCUCACUGAGGACCAGAUGAUUGGGGAAACACUUGCCAUCGUCCUUGGUGACUCCAAGAUUUGGUCUGCAGGAACUUACUGGGACAGGAACAAAUUCACGAAUCGAACUUACUUCGCGCCGUUCGCGUAUAAAACCGAACUGAACACGAGGAAAUACAAAUUAGAGGAUAUGGCAAGACUAAAUAAGACCGAGGAUGUGUACACAAACAAGCAGUGGUUCCAAUUCCUGAGGCAGCGCUGGUCCACGAACUUCGACGACCUGGAGCGGUUCUUCCUGAAGAUGAAGCUGCGAGACGACGAGCUGGGCGGCCACCUGCGCCAGUACGAGAAGUACCCCACCUCGUACAGGGCUGCCAACUUGGAGCACGGCCAUUGGACCAGGCCCUACUAUGAUUGCGAAGGGCCCCUAAAGCAGUGGGUGGUCACCUACGCGUCGCCCUUCUUCGGCUGGGACAGCGUAAAGGGGAAACUCGAGUUCAAGGGUGUGGUGGCUGUGACAAUGUCGCUUAUGUCUUUGGACAUCAACCAGUGCCCCGAUAAAUACUAUGUUCCGAAUGCUUUUAAAGGAACCGAUAAGUGCGACAGAGGUUCAUCUUACUGUGUGCCUAUCCUGGGACGUGGGUUCGAUGCCGGCGGUUACAAGUGCGAGUGCCUACAAGGCUACGAGUACCCAUUCGAGGACCUCACCACUUACUACGAUGGGCAAAUAGUUGAGGCGGAGUUUCAGAACAUCAUUGCCGACAAGGAGACCCGUAUUGAUAUGUUCAAGUGCAGACUCGCUGGAGCGGCAGCGAUAGAAAGCAGCUUUAUUAUAACACUGGCUGUACUGUAUACAGUCAUCAUGAGUGGCGUAGCUAGAAAAUUAUUUGACCAGCUGAAAAGUAAAGAAUUCAGAGAAUAUUUAAUGAGCACACACUUCUGGGGUCCAGUGGCUAAUUGGGGAAUACCUCUUGCUGCCAUAGCAGACACAAGAAAAGACCCCGUCUUCAUAAGCGGCAAAAUGACGUUAGCUCUCACUCUCUACUCGUUGAUGUUCAUGCGCUUCGCGUGGAAGGUCCAGCCGCGCAACAUGCUGCUAUUCGCCUGCCACUUCACCAACGAGUGCGCUCAGCUGACCCAAGGCGCGAGGUUCAUCAACUACCACUACAUACAAGGCGGGGAGCAGAAGCAGACGCCAUCCAAA